GAAAAUAAAAGAAAAAAAUAAGAAGUAAAAAGAAAGUAAAGUAAAAAAAUUAGUAGGGUGACAAUAUUAUCUUUUAUAAGAAGGGAACUAAUCCGAGAAACUACAUAAAAAUGGAAAUGAAAUAAUAAACGGGAAGAAGAAAAAGAAGGAAAAAAUGGAAUACAUAAACAUGGAAAAGAAAUAAAAAUAAAAAGAAGAAGAAAUGUAAGAAUAGAGACAAGAGGAUAAAAAUAAAGAGAGAAAGAAGAAAAAAUUAUUCGUGGGACCGUUUUGAGAAGAUUUGUAAAAGUUGGGAUUUAUGAUUUAAUGUUUUACAAAGAAAAGAAAAUAAACUAGAAUAAGAGGUCAUAAACCAGUCAGGGACCAAUGAAAAAGAUGUGAUGUAAAAGUGGGAAUAUUCCUAAAUUACAGUUAGGUGAGACCAUUCUAAAAAACAUGUAAAAAGUGAGAUUAUUAGUUUCCAUUUUUCCAUAGAAGAAAGAGUAGAUCGAUAAAUGAAUACUUCUGCUUGGGAGUACAUAAACGGGCAACCUUGGGGGGGGGGGGGGGGGGGGAGGUUGUUUAUUUACACAUUAAAACUUUACAUGCAAACUGAUUGUGUGUAAAGUGUAGGGAAGCAAUCACUUCGCGUGCGAAAUAUGAAUAUCAUACUUCUAAUAUUUAGACAUCUAAUUGCGUAUUUCUCGUAAGCAUUUCCUUUUUGACUUUUCUUCCUCUUUAUUAGAACAAAAUUGGGUGCAUAGUACUCUAAUAUCGCAACUAACACAACUAGUAUGUUUUUAAAAUGUUACAUGACAGAAUAAGCCGCCGUGUACAUUGUUAAUUCCUCCUGCGUAGGGCUGUCCAUUUUCCACACUAACCAGAGAAAGUAAAUCAGACUACUACUUUAAUGAUAUAAGCACCAAUAUCCAUGAUUAAACCAUAUAUAUCAUGUAAGUAAACCCAUUCUGGUUAGUUUUCAUGGAACUCAAAUGCUUAAAAAUGAACGGAAUUGUAUGCUAAUGCAAGUGUUUUAGUAAAAAUAAAUUAGCAAUGGUGCUAGUAACAUCUGAUUGGAAAGGAAUAAAAAACAGUAGAAUAGAAAUAUUACAAUUAAUUUAGCAAAAGCCAUCAUAAGAGAACAAAAGUCUAAACUCCAGUCGGCUAAAUUUUUCCUAAAAACAAAUUAUAUAGAAUCAUAAGUUCAUAACUAUACCCAAAUGAUUAAUUGAAAAAAUGAUUAAUUUAUAUAGAUGAAAAGAUUAUAAUAUCAAAAGUGACUUUAGAACCCCAUGUCUUCAAUUUUUAUGGUAGUUCCAAACAUGCGAGAGAAAUUGCAAGUUGUAAUUGUAAUAAAAAUUAUAAAACCGUUGCCAAAUUUAGAUAAAAGAUUGAUUUGAAAAUUGUAUGUCAAGUUGAAAGCAGCUCUAGAUGCAAGGAAUUACAAUCAAUCGUGUGCCAAUUAAAUCAUUAGGUCAAUAAAAUUUUGAUUCCAAAUAAACACGGCUAAAAAACAAGAAGACUAAAUUUUUUACUUGGCUUGAGAGGAGAUCUGCUUAUACUUGCUUCAGAAAGAUGGAAUUUGUGAGAGCAGAUCUCUUCUACUUAUACGUGCUGCGGAAGAUGGAAUUACCGCCAUCUUUUUUAUUAUUGCCGCCAAAGAGAGUAGGGUUAGAAACGUAAACAGCUGACACACUGUUUAGGGCUGUCGUUAUAGUCUAUUUAUUUUUAUUAAGUUAAUGUUAUGAUUUAGCUUAAGCCUAUUAUUAGUAGAGUAUUUAGUAGAGUUAUUAUGGGCCUAAUUAGGAGUUGUUUAUUUUGGGCUUAAUUAGGGUUUCCCGGGAGUCUGUCAUUAGUAUGUUAUUUAUACCCGUUGUAUGCUUCAUUCUUAAUCAUCUGGGAAUAAAAGUUGGUUUAGAUCAUAUUUUCUUAUUGAUUAUCUGGGCAACGGUUCAGAUCAUAUCCAGCCAUUAAAAGAAGUGGGAGUAUGUAUAUGCCAAAUUGUCAAUUGUGAACUCGAAAUAGCUUUGUGUGUUAGAGUUAUCUGCUAUAUAUGGAGGUGAAAGACAGAAUUAGUGGACUUCCUCUGGACAUACUUGCUCAUAUUUUGGGAUUACUGCGGAUCGAAGAAGCCGCUAAACCUGCCAUUUUGUGUACGAGCUUGAGAGAUGCUUGGUUGAGCCUUACACACCUCAACUUUGAUAGCGAGUUCUUCAAUUACAUUCGGGACCGUUACAUGGCAGAAUCAACAAUGUCCAUAAUCGACACAAUUAUCAUCAAGCACAAUGGACCUAUUCACAAAUUUGUGUUUGAUUUUAACUUCAGAACUGUUAAGAAGAAGUUGAGGUGGUUCGACUUUGAUGAAUGGUUACUUUGUCUCACCCAAAAUGGUAUAGAGGAAAUACACCUGUGUUUCAGCGGAUAUACUGCAUACAUAUUGCCAGAUUGGAUAUUUUCUUGCCUAACGCUAAAGACGUUGCAUCUUUCAGGAGUCUCUUUUGAACAAAUUAGCACCCCUUGCAUAUUCCCUAAUGUGACUUCACUCUUCUUAAAAAAUGUCUGGUUUGAUGAUAGUAAAUGUUGUGGUGCUGAACUUCCUAUGCUCAGAAAUCUAACCUGUGACACAGUUUCUGGUUUUAUCUUUACUGCCCCAAAGCUUAGAUAUUUGAAAUUUAGCGGUCAUCAAUAUUCUAUCAUUGCGGGAAGUUACCGUUCUCUCAUUCUUCCAGUAAAGUUAGACUUCAGAACUAUACACUCUCUUCAUCUUGAAAGUAUUGACCUUGAGUGGUUUGUUGAAGAAUUAUCUAGGGUGGGACGAGAACAAACUAUGCUAAAUGUGGAACACUUGCAGCUACCCUUGUCUUAUGAACCGCGUUUCGAUGAUGACAUAUCAGCUUGCUUUCACUUGUUGCAGAUGUGCCCAAAGUUAACCAAACUUGACAUACAUUUAACGUUCGAGUCAGAACCAUUCAAGGAUUUGGAGCUCCCUAACCAUACUUUGGCUCAAACAUUCAAAUCAAUCCGGGCUUUAAGAAUUGUUUGUUGGUUUGAAGGGUCAAGACCUGAAAUGCUAUUCCUCAAAUGGCUACUUAGUCGCUUUCCGUCACUUGAAAAGGUUGUGUUUUUUCCACGUAAUUUGUAUGGGGACUACGAUCUGUCUGAAAAUAUGGAGACACUUUUUUGUUUUCUGCGUGCCGCCGAUAUAGAAAUAGAAAUGUCUUGCUCUCGUGUUAUGUUAAGUAAUGUGUAAGUUGAAUAUACCAACAUACAAAGUGUAGUUGUUUUAAAGUUCAUCCCUCUCUAUAGUUAUCUUCCCACAUUCAAUUCUUUAUCA